AUGGGGGAACCUGGAGAUGGGAAUAUCAAGGUCGUCGUGCGGUGUCGGCCGCUCAACUCUCGCGAGCUCGCCCGCGGCGCAAAGCCACUCAUCCGGAUGCAAGGCAACCAGACGUUCCUCGACCCGCCCGAGACGGGUUCAACGCAGGACACGAAGCGCGCGACGGAGCGCAAGACCAUGACCUUCUCCUUCGACAAGUCGUACUGGUCCGCCGGCCCGCGCGACGAGCCCGGGUACUGCUCCCAGCAGACGCUGUACGACGACCUGGGCAAGGAACUGCUCGACCAUGGGUUCUCGGGGUUUAAUGCGUGUAUCCUAGCUUAUGGACAGACGGGGUCUGGCAAGUCCUACAGUAUGAUGGGGUACGGUCCCGACAAGGGCAUCAUCCCACUAACCUGUUCCGAACUCUUCGAGCGCGUAAACCAGAAGCGGGCCCAAGAUCCCAAUCUCAACUUUACGGUCGAGGUUUCGUAUAUCGAGAUCUACAACGAGAAAGUGCGCGACCUGCUCAACCCCAAGAACACGGGGAAUCUCAGGGUGCGCGAGCACCCGAGCCUUGGGCCUUACGUCGAGGAUCUGAGCAAGCUCGUCGUCGGAAGCUACGACGAGAUGAUGACGCUCAUGGACGAGGGUAAUAAGGCACGCACGGUGGCGGCGACGAAUAUGAACGAGACGUCGUCCCGCUCGCAUGCGGUCUUUACUCUGCUCCUGACGAUGAAGAAGCGCGAUCAAGACACCAACUUGGACACGGAGAAGGUGUCGCGCAUCAGUUUGGUCGACUUGGCUGGAUCCGAGCGUGCAAACUCGACAGGAGCAACAGGCCAACGUCUGAAGGAAGGUGCCAACAUCAACAAGUCGCUGACAACGUUGGGCAAGGUCAUUUCUGCGCUCGCCAUGGCGAGUCAGUCGGAGGGAAAGAAGGGCAAGAAGGGAAAGGCGGAAGAGUUUGUCCCUUAUCGCGACUCGGUGCUUACCUGGCUGCUGAAGGACAGUCUGGGAGGCAACUCCAAGACCGCGAUGAUCGCUGCGAUCUCGCCCGCUGACUAUGAGGAAACGCUCAGCACGCUGCGCUAUGCCGAUCAGGCGAAGAAGAUUAAGAACAAGGCGGUGGUGAACGAGGAUCCGAACGCGAAGCUCGUGCGCGAGCUCAAGGAGGAGCUCGAGAUGCUCAGAGCUCGUGUGGCAGGAGCGGUUUCGGAAGAGACGUACGACCCUACCGUGCCUCCAGAGAAACAGAAGGUCACCUACCAGACUAAAGACGGGCGAAUCAAGACAGUGACCAAGGCAGAGCUUCAAGAGCAGAUGGAGGCCAGCGAGAAACUCAUGCAAAGCCUGAACGAGACCUGGGAGGACAAGCUGCAGCGCACUCAGGAGGUACAGAAGGAGCGGGAGAAGGCCCUCGAGGAACUGGGAAUUACGGUGGAGAAGAACCUUGUCGGCGUACAUACCCCAAAGAAGAUGCCUCAUCUCGUUAAUUUGAAUGAAGAUCCUCUAAUGAGCGAGUGCUUAAUCUACCAACUUAAACUCGGGAAGACAAUGGUUGGCCGUCUGGAUAGCGAACUACCCGCAGCAAUCCGACUGAGCGGAGAUAACAUCCGGGAUGAACACUGCUACUUCGAGAACACAGAUGGGAAGGUUGUCCUCAUAUGCAUGCCUGAUAGUAUCACGUUCUUGAAUGGAAAACAAAUUGAGUCAGGACAACCUUACAAACUACGUUCUGGAUUCCGGAUUAUUCUCGGCGAACACCAUGUCUUCAGGUUUAAUAAUCCGGAGGAAGUCCGCAAACGACGCGAUCGUGCUACAAUGAAGUCGAACAUGCAUCUCAGCGUCUCUGCGGGUGAACUAGCAGCCUCCAGCGAAAAUUCACCGCGCCCGGAUUCCCCGACUUCCUCCACAGACGAACAGUUCGAUGUCGACUGGAAUUUCGCCAAGCGAGAAGCGGCGUUGGCCCGACUAGGGUUGGACCCAUCUCUUGACAACAUGCCGGACGACGAUCUCAAUAAACUCUACGAGAAGAUCACCAAGGUGAAGACGAUGCGCGACCACAGCUCAAAAUCGAGACCGGAGAGCAGCAUGAGCCAGGUCGAUGACCUCUGGAGCGACACAAGUCGACCGCAACCAAGCGAAGCUAACACAGAUGACACUAGUCUGUACGCCGGCCCAAGCUGGGGUGGAAGCCCUGCUGUAGAUGGCUCUCUCAAGGACGUCCAGAAUCAACUCGAGAGUAGGCUUCAAGAAAUCGGUGGCGACUCCACUGAGGCGGAGGACCUGAAGAUUGAGAAGGAACACAUGGAGCACCAGCUUCGAUUAGUUAGGGUCCAGAUGAAGCGGCUGAUUGAAGCUCGGGCCAGAGGGGACAUGGAGACUGUUGGGCUCGACUUUGAGCCUGUAGUAUUCUCUGCCCGCCAGUUGAGACUGAUCAGGAAGGUUUUGGACAGGUGGAGAGCGCACCGAGCAUUCUCCAUGGCGGAGAUGAUUCUGACGAACGCGGUCACAAUUAAGGAGGCCAAUGUCAUAAGCAAGGAACUUGGAAAAGAAGUGGCAUAUAAUUUCAUGAUCGCCUCUGGAGGAUCGCUAGCUGCUCCAAGCUCUGCUGUUGACACCAUAGCUGGCCUUGACCAAUUCGGCGACGUCGCCGACCCAAUCCUCGCAUCUUCUACUCAGCCAUCAGUGGCCGUCAAGGUUCUCGACAAGAGGAAUAAUGCGAUCUGUGUUUGGUCGUUGGACCGCAUGCAACAUCAACUUCAGCGGAUGCGCAAUCUGACCACAUACAUUGAUCGCCCAUCCUACACGCAGCACUUCUCGUCCGACGAACCCUUCUUCGACUCCCCACCUCCGGAAUAUUCCUUCAUCGGCAAUGCUCUCAUUUCCCUAGCGACACUGUCUCGCAAAUUAUCUUCUUCCUCGACUGUCCCCAUCUUUUGUCGAUAUACGUCAGAGGCCAUAGGUUCAUGUCGGGUUGACAUCAAGGUGGUCAAUAUGAUUCUUUCCCCCAAAUAUCUCAAUGGAUCAUCCCCAUCUACGCGCUCCUCUUCUCCGGCACCUGGAGCAGUGCCACCCGGCAGCAAGUUGUCUUUUUUCCUAACGAUCGAUCAAGUCAAAGGGUUGUCCUCUCAUGACUUCCGUGGUGUGCACCUUCAAGUCCGGUUAUCAUCUUUUGUUGGGUCCUCCCUCGUAGCCGAAGAGGUCUUCCCAUCGAGUGCUCUGGAUAUGGACUCGUCAUCCUUAUCGGAGUUGAAAUUCAGGCGCAACUUUUCUAUAGUCACCACCUCGAAAGUCCUGAAUCAUCUUCGGCAAGGCUAUGCACCGAUCGAGUUUUUCGCCGCUCUCAAGCCCACCUAUCUAGAGCGGAUGGAACGGUGGGAUGAAAUGCGAGAACAGAAACAAUGCAUACGCCCGAAUCCGAGCUCUCCUCUCCAAGAGACAAGGCCUGCAACACUGCCGCCCAUGCGCCGUUCAGAAAACGACUUCGUGGUAGAACAAGUACAUGAUGUCGUGGCGUGGUUGCAAGUUUGCGAGCUAGGACCAGAUGGGUCAUACGUUCCAGUUCCAGUUAUAUCACAGGGCAGCCUUGACCCCGGGGUCUUUUCAUUACAUCAAGGCCUGCAGCGGCGCAUCGUCAUUUCACUGUCAUCACAUUCUGGCCUCCAACUGCCGUGGCAAGAGUUCACAAAAGUACGAAUCGGAAAUGUACGGUUACUGGACGCAAAGGGGCGCGUACAUGACUCCUCUUCGACAGCAUUGGUUACUCUUCCACUACUGAAAGAACAGAGCGUCGAGUUCAAGCCAGAUGGGUCGGGAUCUCUUUCUGCAGUGGCUCUUUGGGACUCAAGUGUUCAUGACUCAGUAUUGCUCAACCGCGUUACUGCAUCAAAUCAGCGAAUAUUGCUGCAGUUGACCUGGUCAGUCGCCGUCGAAACAUGCAGUGACCCCGUACAGUUCGGCAUGGAUGUCGCAAUCGCAAUGCAGACUCGCGAUGCUGGACCUCCUUCCAAGAUUCUCACGUUUUUCGGGUCGAACAAGAUCCUUUCUAAAACAAGCACUCUCUUCAGUGUGCGCUUAUCGCCUCCGCUCACGCGUUCUGCUAGAGACUUGUGGAGGCUUGAUACUUCGGAGAAAUAUGUGAGAGGCGAAGAGACUCUUGGAGUGUGGAAACCUCGCGGAAUAUCCGUCGUCGAAGACUAUACUCGCUUGAUCACGACAGAGCGGGGUGCCGCUGACGUCCAGGCCAUAAGGGUGAUAUUGGCCGCUUCUCCCCCGAAACCCAUUGCUCCGGAAACCUUGGCGUGGCGGACAGACGACCUGCUGCAAAAAUCUCUUUCCUUAUGGCAAAAGCAAUUUGGACAUCGUGGAAAGAUUGUCCUUAGUCAGGAACCUGUUGAGGCUGAGGAGAGCAUGAGCCCCUCACAGCAAAGCAUGGACACGGGGUCUCUCGACGGUCUGAAGUUGAUAUCUGAAACGAAAAUUGUACCGCGGAGCGACAGCGCGACGAAGAAAGGUCACCUGAUGAUCCUCACAGAUGCGAGCCAGGACAUCUGGGAACGAAGGUGGUUCGUUCUGAAGAGGCCCUAUCUUCAUGUCUUUGCUCAUUCAAAUGAGCUUGAGGAGACAGGUAUCAUUAGCCUAACUGGUGUUAAUGUGGAAAGUGACCCACACAAGGAAUCGUUACUCGGGAAACCAUUUGCAUUUACUCUAUUUACUGCUUCCAACUCUCAUGCCCUUGUGGCUCCCAAUCUAAAGGAACUACAAUCGUGGAUUGCUAAGCUGGACCCUACACGUUUAUCAUCUUAA